AUGACGGUUAGCCUGGAUUGGUUCCGCAGUAACUGCCUCUUCGUUGCUGGUCUUGCGACGGGCGUACCAUUGCUAGUUGUUCUGCUUAAUGUUAUUUGGCAACUGAUUCUGCCUCGCCGAUCAACCGAUCCACCUAUUGUCUUUCAUUGGAUACCCUUUGUAGGAUCAGCCAUCUCAUACGGAAACGACCCCUUGAAAUUUUUCUUCGAGUGUCAACAAAAACACGGCGAUGUCUUCACGUUUAUUCUCCUCGGUCGUCGAGUAACAGUCGCCUUGGGACAGAAAGGAAACAAUUUUGUGCUCGGAGGAAAGUCUACUGUGUUCAACGCGGAAGACGCAUACACGCAUCUAACGACCCCCGUGUUUGGGAAGGAAGUGAUUUACGACGUACCGAACGAGGUAUUCAUGGAGCAGAAAAGAUUCAUCAAGGUUGGGCUAUCCACAGAACAUAUGCGAUCAUACGUCGGCAUGAUUGAAGAAGAAGUAGAAGAAUUCCUACAGCACGAUCCAUUGUUCAACACACAUCAAAUCAGAGGCAGUCCAGAAUGGGGAUCCUUUGACGUCGUCAAGUUCAUGCAGGAAGUCACAAUUCUCACAGCCUCCAGGACACUGCAAGGAAGGGAGAUACGGCAAAGCCUUGACAAGACAUUCGCCGAGCUGUACAAUGAUCUCGAUGGCGGGUUCACGCCCAUGAAUUUCAUGUUCCCAAAUCUACCUUUGCCUAGCUAUAGACGACGAGAUUGGGCGCAUAAGAAGAUGAGUGAAUUCUACAUUAAUUUUAUCCGCAAACGCAGGGCCUGCGGUAGUGACGACCACGAACCCGAUAUGAUUUCUGCACUUAUGCAGCAGAAAUAUCGAAACGGACGUUCCUUAACCGAUAGGGAAAUUGCCCAUAUGAUGAUCGCACUGCUCAUGGCUGGUCAACAUACUAGCUCUGCCUCUGGGUCAUGGGCGCUUCUUCACCUGGCUGCGAAUCCUGACGUUGCGGAUGCUUUGUAUAAGGAACAAGUCAAGCACUUCCAGACGCCCGCCGGCACGUUGCGCUCGUUGACAUACGAAGAAUUGCGUGCGCUACCAGUGCUGGACUCCGUCAUCCGCGAGACGCUUCGCAUCCACCCACCAAUCCACAGUAUUAUGCGAUACGUGCGCGAAGACGUUCCCGUCCCUGCAUCGCUCUCCGCCCCAUCUGAAAAUAGCAUUUAUAUCGUACCGAAAGGACAUUACGUCCUUGCCUCUCCCGCCGUCAGCCAGGCCGAUCCAAAUAUCUGGAAUAACGCGGGCGAAUGGAAUCCAUACCGUUGGAAUGAUGCGCAGGGCGUUGCAGCUCAGGCGCUGAAGACGUAUAUCGACGAGUCUGGGGAGAAGGUCGACUAUGGGUUUGGAGCUGUAAGCAAAGGAACAGAGAGUCCUUAUCAGCCCUUUGGCGCCGGGAAACAUAGAUGUGUCGGUGAAAAUUUUGCCUAUUUACAACUUGGUACUCUGCUUUCCACCGUCAUCCGUCAGAUGGAGUUGAAAAUUGAGGAUGUUCCUCAUAACGACUAUCAUCAAAGGAUAAACGAGCAUUUCAUAGACUAUGAUUACUAUGCCCAAAACUCCCAGAAGAAUAUCCUACCGAAGAAGGAUAAUAUAAAUAGACCUUAG